GGCGUCUUCCGUUGCUAUAGCGACAAGGGUACAGAAUGGCCGGGAAGAAGUUUUCAGGGGCUCCUUUUGGCUGCCAAAGUACCAGAUUUGACGUGUCGGCAGUUUAUCCUGAAUUGAAGAAGCCUGGCACAUAUACACAAGUGUCAUACUGCAAGAGGGCAACAUCGGAGCUAGAAAGACGCUUGGGUCCGGGAACAUACGAAGGAGCGGCUGGUGAUUUUAGCCCAUCUGUCCUUGAGAGAAAUGCGUCUACACCUGGAUGGAAAAGAGCAGAAGAAACAGAAAGGUUGACGGAGAUGCCUCAUCUUCUCUACAAGGAGACCUGGGAGAGGAACCGCGUGUUGAAGCAAAACAUGGGACCAGGACGUUACAAUACAAAGUCAUUUGUUGAAUUGAUGGAGAAGAAGCCAACUAGUGUACGGGGAGUCUGCAGCAGCAGAGAUGUGCGAUUCAAGGAAAAUAAGACGAACAGUAGCCCAGGACCUGGAUCUUAUGGAAAAGGAGGGAACCCUCAUGCAUUAAUUGAAGAGAGGGCUUCAAAGUCAGCAAGCUCUAAAGGCAUCAUGGAUAGCGAGACAAGCAAACGUCGCACGGCAGACAGCGUUGGAUGUGACCUGGCUCCAGGAACCUACAACUGCAAGUGGUCCAUAGAUGAAACCUUAAAACAUAAUGUGGGUAAAAGAGGACCAUACGACCUAUUCACUCCGUCAAGAUCAGAGCCCAUCACAUAUGGAUAUUUUGCUACACCUAAAAAUAGCCAGUCAGAGCCCGGACAAUAUAAAGUCAAAUCAUUUAUCGAAGAAUUGGAAAAUGACCAGAAAAAGAAGAAUGGAAAGUUUGGGAAAAUUCCUCAGUAUCCAAAAGUCCCAACAGAGAGAGUAUUCUGCAGCUCCCUCACCCACCGGCCCCGACCCAUUAAUUCUCCAGGCCCUGGCUCCUAUGAAACAAAGCCGCUCUUUGCCUCUGUACGGACAUCAUCAGCGCCCUUCUUAACAUCGGCUAAGAGAUUUGAUAGAAAGUCAUGCAGGCUACUUUUUGGAGGCACGAACCCAGUUGGCGUCGGUCGAUAUAAUAUAGAUAAACCUGCACGGGGCAAAACGGCAACUUGCUUCCGAACAUCAUUUAUUUCAAAGACAGGGCGCUAUUUAUCAAAUUUUGAAAGAGACAAAGUUCUACAGGAACGCAUCCAGAAGUCGCACACGUCCUCGUCUACUCGGAACCUUUUAUCAUCUGCACAGGAGUCUGUGGCUCCACCACAUUCAGCAUGAGGCUCACCGUAGCUACAGACAUUAAAAUAGUGACUGGAGAACGUGCAAUGUUUUAUCAUGUGAAAUUAUUGAAAUGUGUUUGCAGUAAGGAACAAGCUAAGGGCAUAAAAUUAUAAUAUAUAAAUAUAAUAUCUGUGCAAAGAUCUAUUUACUUGCAUAGAUGUAAGAUUUUGUGUGUAAUUUUAGACUCGGGAAUUGAAAUUAUUUGCUGUUUAGAAAUCUCAUGAUGUGUGUAUUUAAUUAAAGUUGUCCUGGGAAAAAUGAUUUACAAGAAGUUGGAGUGUACCGGUCAUUUCAGGUGACUUAUCGUGUGUGUACAUAAGGAAUAACACAAUUUCUCACCAUUUUGUGACCUGUAUUCUCCCUAUUUCAGUUUUCCCUCUGCAAGUUCCAUUUCAGACGA